CCGCCAUGGCAACGACGCCUGUACACAAGUCGCAGGACGCUCCAGUCGCACAUACUGGACACCGGCGGGGAUAAUGUGCUCUGAACUCACCUACAACAGUGUGAGGAUAGCUCACCAAGUGCGCGAACAUGAGGAGAAAAAAUCCAGCGAGAGAAAGAAGCACUUGUUGUGCAUAGUGAUGCAGUACCUCCGAGAUGAAGGGUACCUCGAAUCAGCUCGUCUGACAGCCAAAGAGUCGGGCCUGGGGGAUCAGUACGAAGUGUGUGACAACAUUGACCUACCAACGAUAGUCAAAGAGUUCGAAGAUUACUACUACGUUCGCUUCCAGAAACACCCAAAGCUAUGCAAGAAAAGCGAGAACCUUUCAGACGCAGCAAAUGGACCGACUAGAGUCCAACCACGCAGGAAAGCAAUCGUCAAGAAAACGUCUUCGGAUGCAGCCUCUUCACAGAGUGCCUCCAAUGGCUGCCCAGGAGGAGGCCCCUCUCCGCCAUUCGCGGAGCCCCUGGAACUGACCGUGGUUCCCUAUCCCCAGGCCGGCCCAGCCGCGAGCAAGGCAGAGGGCGGCGACGACGCACAAGUGUCUUCUCCGGAGCGCCUUCUCAGGCCACUCGGCAGCUUGUCCAAAGACCCCGAGUGGAGGCAGUUCGCUGAAAUUAUAUCAAAGGACAUUUUCAUGCACAACCCCAACGUGAGGUGGACCGACAUAAAGGGCUUGCAGGAGGCCAAGAGGCUUCUCAGGGAGGCCGUCGUCUACCCCACCAAGUACCCUGAGCUGUUCAGCGGCAUCCUGGCGCCCUGGAAGGGCCUGCUGCUGUACGGGCCGUCCGGCACAGGCAAGACGCUGCUGGCCAAGGCGGUGGCCACGGAGUGCGGCACCACCUUCUUCAACGUGUCCGCCAGCACGCUCGUGUCCAAGUGGCGCGGCGACUCGGAGAAGCUGGUGCGCGUGCUGUUCGAGCUGGCCCGGCUGCACGCGCCCGCCACCGUCUUCCUGGACGAGGUGGACGCGCUGGCGUCGCGGCGCGGGCUGGCGGGCGAGCACGAGGCGUCGCGGCGCCUGCAGGCCGAGCUGCUGGUCCAGCUGGACGGCCUCAACGGCCACGCCGAGAACGUCUUCCUGCUCGUCACCUCCAACCUGCCCUGGGACCUCGACGAGGCGCUGCUGCGCCGCCUGGAGAAGAGGAUCCUCGUGGACCUGCCGGACCAGGACGCUCGCGAGCAGAUCCUGAGGCACUACCUGCCGCCGAGCCCCGCCCCCGCCCCGCGCCCACGCGGCCCGCCGCGGCCCGCCCUUGGCCCCGCAAUGCACUGCCAGCUGGACUACGCUCAGCUCGCGCAGGAAACAACCGCUUAUUCUGGAGCCGACCUUCGCCUGGUCUGCAAGGAGGCCGCCAUGCAAGCGGUGCGGAGCGUUUUCUCGCACCUGGAGUCAGGCCGCCCAGACUACUCCACCCUGCAGCUCGACGUGGUGACCACGGACUCGGUGCGCUCCGCCCUCGCCAAGACCAAACCCUGCGGCGCGCGCAACGCCGAGCGCUACCGGUCUUGGCAACAGCAGUUCGGCGCAUCCUAGCGGCCGGGAAAUCAGCAAACCAAAAAUAGAUUUAUCUUUUUUACCAUGAACACGCGCUUCUUUACCAAACCCACUUCGUACGAUACGGUUUUGCCACCUAUGCUAGCUGUUAUAAAUUUAUAACUUUUUACAAAGGAAA